AUGUAUUUCGAAGGGUGUGGUGUUAAAUGUAUCAUUGCUGAAAACUUUGCUUUCAUCUUUCAGCGCAACAUGCCAAACCUUGGACUCCUUGGCAUUACCAUGCCGGAGAGAUCAUUCCACGCGGCUGUCGAGGAUGGAGCGGAUAUCACGAUUGACUUCAAUGAUAGGAUCAUUGAUAUGGAUGGACAAACAUUCAGGUUUAAUCUCAACCCAAUGGAGAGAGCGCUCUUUCAUCAUGGUGGUAUUGCGUUCGCCUGUAGAAGGUCUGACAGUAAGUUGUUUGAAGCGAUGACGGAGGGAAAGAGCAUGGGUCUAACGCCUGAUAAUGGCAUUAAACAGUCCGCGGACUCAUAUCCCGAGCUGCAGUCGUGGGAGUCCGAAUUAUUUGCCUCUUUCGUACAUCAAUACGCGUUCGCGUAG